GUCCACCUCUGUGGUCUGCUGGUCUCUUUCCUAGCUUCCGCCCGGCACGCCCUCCUCCGCGGCUCCCCACCUCACGACACAGCUCAGCCCAGCCCAGCCCAGCCCAGCCCAGCCGCGCGAUAGAUAAUACCCGCCUAGGUACUUCAGUAGUUGAGAGAGCAGCCGUGUGUGCACCUCGUGCGCCUCUCUAAUGACGUCUGUCUCCCGUCCAAUCUCGAUCCAAACCUCUUGUCGCAAAUUCCUCUGUCAUUCCUGGCCUGCAAUUUGCUUAAUUGAGUGCACUCUGCGUCAGCCAUUUGCUACUAGUAUAUGCUGCAGAUGAAUCGGGGCCUUUGUCCAUCUCUCUGCCUCUGCCUCUGCCUCUCACUCUGCAUGUGUUGUACCUGGGCCAACACGCUACUACGUGCCUAUUGGUCUGGUACACAAGCAGCACAUCGUCAUACAUCACUCUCACUGGUGACAUUGUGUUGGUCUAGUCAUCCAUUCUCUCAUCUUUCGUGGUCCCCGUCUCCCUCCCCUCCCCUUUCCCUCACCAUCAGCUCGAUCUCGACGUAGUUGUGGUUCUCCGCCAUCAUACCGGCCUUCUGCCGUACUCUCUUCACUUGAUUCCCCCCUCUCUGUGUCCAUCACACCGUCCUCCAUUGGAGAUCACAGCCCCAUCCACCACCCGCGGCUACGGAGUACCUAGGUAUUCACUCCGAGUCCAGCCUUGCGUACAGGGUCCUGAGAACUGCAAGUGAGCGGCUUCUUCCGUCACCAACCAUCGGUCUACACAGGCCGUGACGUUCUUUGCCAGCCUUUGAGACCCCAGUACCUAACAAAUAUCUGACCCGUACCACCCACCCUACACUCUCUUGUCCUCCGCCCGCAUAUCACCUCGACCCCCUUGGCUCCAAUCAGCACCUGACUGCAUGUCCCUGUGGUCCCAUACUCUGUCUAGAGCUGUUCCAAGCCGAGCUCUCAUUCAUCCUAGCUCCCGUCUGCUGCUUAUAUCCUCCUGCGGCUGCUAUCGCGGAUGCAGGACCUUCUUCUCCGAGACAGUCCUGCCGGCAACCAAGGACAGCACAAGCCCCUCAAACCCUUUCACCAAACGUCAUAUCGCCACCGUCAGCCCCACAAUGCCUCAGCGCACUAGAAAGAGGUCUUCCGCACGUGUGGACGCAGCGGAUAACAACCACCCAGCCCCUGCUGCCGACGUUGCAACCCCUCCUGAGGCUACCUCAAAUGGUCCAAGAAGAUCGUCUCGCCGCAUACCCGCACCUCGGGACUCUCGACAGACUAAGGAGGACCGCACUGGCAACCCCAAGAAACGAGCCCGCGGUGUUGCAAUGGAUGUUGAUGAGAUGGCAUCAACACACACAGAGCACAUUGGGGAUGUCGCGAAGCGCCUAGAGAAUGGCAAUGAGGGUGCCGCCUCAGCCCUACGCCAUCUGGAGGAAAUGGAGGCCUCGUUCAAAAAUGACAUCAAGAGACGAAGGCUGCAGAUCAAGCAGAGUAUCCCAAACGGGUCCAGUUCCGACCGAUCGGCGCCUGCCCUGAAGCUUCGGGGUGCCGCUCCCUCGAGCCAGAGUGAUGUCGUCCAUCUGGACCGCAUCCUGCUCACACCAGAGGAGGAAAAGGACCAAUUUGUCACCGCGAGAGACGAAGAGAAUUUGUCUGGCGAUGAGCUUGUGGAGACGAUCAAAGGGGCCAACCGCCCACCUGCCGUGAACAGUGACUAUCUGCCGCUGCCGUGGAAAGGACGUUUAGGUUAUGCUUGCCUGAACACCUACCUUCGGACCGCCAAGCCCCCCGUCUUCAGCUCAAGGACAUGCCGUAUAUCCUCCAUCCUGGAACAUAGGCAUCCGCUAGCAGACCCGUCGCAGCCAGAGCAUGCCACCAAGAAUAGGCCGGAUAAGACCAAGGCAGCCGACCUUGUGCUAGGCCAAAAGUAUGUGGAGGGUCUUGGCUUAGCUAACGCAAGAGAUAUCGUCAAGAUGCUUCGGUGGAACGAAAGGUACGGCAUCAGGUUCAUGAGGCUGAGCUCUGAGAUGUUCCCAUUUGCAAGUCAUGAGGAGUACGGCUACAAGUUGGCCCCAUUUGCAUCUGAGGCCCUCGCCGAGGCUGGAAAGGUCGCUGCUGAGCUGGGACACCGUCUCACGACCCAUCCUGGGCAGUUCACUCAGCUUGGGUCGCCUCGAAAGCAGGUUGUGAGCAACGCGGUCCGGGAUCUUGAGUACCACGACGAGCUGUUGUCUCUGUUGAAACUCCCUCCUCAGCAGAAUAGGGACGCCAUCAUGAUCCUCCACAUGGGCGGAACAUUCGCCGAUGCAGGAGGCAAACCAGCGACCCUUGACCGCUUCCGCGAAAACUACGCCACCCUCUCAGACUCAAUCAAACAUCGCCUCGUACUAGAGAAUGACGACGUGUCCUGGUCAGUCCACGACCUGCUGCCCAUCUGCGAGGAGCUGAAUAUUCCCAUGGUCCUCGACUACCACCACCACAAUAUCAUUUUCGACGAGGACAAGCUCCGGGAAGGAACAUACGAUAUUUCUCGGCCAGAUAUUAUGGAUCGAAUCACCAGGACCUGGACCAGGAAAGGCAUCACACAGAAGAUGCAUUAUUCGGAGCCCUGCUACGGCGCCAUUACUCCGCGCGACCGGAGGAAGCACAGCCCCCGCGUGGGGACAUUACCACCUUGCCCCCCGGACAUGGAUCUCAUGAUCGAGGCCAAGGACAAGGAGCAGGCCGUGUUUGAGCUGAUGCGCAGGUUCAAGCUUCCCGGGUUCGAGAAGAUCGCGGACGUGGUGGCUCACGAGCGUGACGACCAGGACAGGCCGCCGCAGAAGGUGAAGGCACCAAAAAAGACCGCAACCAGGAAGAAGAAGCGCAAGGCUGGUGAAGAGGCUACCGAGGAUGCCGAAGACACCGGCAAUGGCAACGGGGAAGUGGUUGAAGAGGUGGUCCCCGCCCCCGACCCGGGCCUUACAGUGACACCCGAGGAGUUCGGAAUGGGUGGGCCGCUAGGAAGGGUAUACUGGCCGAUUGGGUGUGAGGACUGGUUAAAUCCCCGGAAGAAGGAGCGGAAGAUUAAGCUGGAUGACACUAAAGCUUGAUUGAUCAGAUGGUCGAAAGGUCUCUGGGGAUGAGUCAUCUGCGAUAUGUGGCGCAGUGUUUUUCCCAGACGGCACUAAAGGCAUGAAGAUUGUUCAAGUGCAUAGGUACAAGGGCGUGAUAAGCGAGCGGACCUGUGUACUUGGUACCCUAGAAGAAGAAAAAAACGAAAGGUGAGGUGAGAUCUAUAGCUUCCAGCUGAAUUAAAAAAAGAAUGACUACAA